GUGAAUUGCACGGUCCAUAGUCCUGGGAACGCAGAGCGCCAAUUUAUGGCCAGCGCAGUUCGGUUAGAAUGCCUGUUUCCCCGACUCAAGCUCGUGAAAUCGAAAUUGCACAGGACAGGACGACCAACCUAUGACGUGGGGCGCCUUCGUAGGCCAACUAGUUUGUUUGCCUACGCAGCUCCUUCCUACUUCCAAAUCGCUGCGUAAACUUCGCGAUCCGCAUAAGAAUCUUUUUCCCACACAAUUUUUUCUCGAUGGAGGGUACAGAAAGUCAAGAGGCUCAGGUGACAAACGAGUCGCGAAAGGACGGAUCUGCAGUGCUGCAAGUUGCGACUAAAGACGCGGUGCGGCGACCAACGUGUCCAACAACAAAGUCAUCGUCAGACGCGGAGACUCUCGUUGAUGCGCAAGCAUCCGACGAUCCUGUGCAUGAUCCAAGUGUCGGUGGCCAGAAUACAGUUCAAACAACGCCGUCAACCUCACACCAUGUGGACAGACCGUCAAUGCGUGCCAAAGCAGGAUCAGAUAUUCCCCCCAAAGGACCACGAGCAUCAUUUUUAGGCCUUCAGCGUUUCGCAACCGCAAGUCAGGUGCCCGCUCGGCAAUCAAAUCUGGUAUACACGCAAGGUGAAGAUGCAGAAAUAGAACCUUCAAACGAUUCGUCCGAGGAUGAAGGGACUUGUAAGCCAUCGGCGACAGCGAGGGACUCUCGGCCGCGGAAUAGGGCAUAUGAACGGUAUUCUCGCUUUAGACUGGGCAAUGAUUAUUUCAGCACGAUUGGUAAAGUUCGGAGACGUGACGGACGACUCAAUAUCUCUCUCAACGAGACCGAUAGCUCGGGGUAUUUGGCGAAGGCGCUAGGCACCGGCUUUAGACACCAUUUUUUCCAUCGACAAGAACUCGAUGGACAGGACGAGAGCAAAUCCUCAAAGACAACACAGUCUGAUGAUAAGAAGGGUAAACUUCCGCAAGGUCUGGAUGAUAAUCGGGACGUACCACGGCUGAACAUAGUAAUCAUCGUUAUCGGCUCUCGAGGCGACAUACAACCAUUCUUAAAGGUGGGCAAGAUACUAAAGCAAGAGUACGGACAUCGCGUGCGAAUCGCCACACAUCCAGCUUUCAAAGACUUCGUAGAGAAGGACGGCAAGCUUGAAUUCUUCUCCGUUGGAGGUGAUCCGUCAGAUUUGAUGGCGUUUAUGGUAAAGAACCCAGGGCUGGUUCCAUCCAUCGAGACCAUUCGCGCAGGAGACAUUAGUGCCCGUCGAGCUCAAAUGGCGGAGAUGUUCGAGGGAAUGUGGCGAGCGUGCAUAAAUGCUACGGACAAUGAGCUCGAUAAGGACAACAUGAAAAUGAUGGGAAGAUACGAGCCAUUUAUUGCAGAUGCGAUCAUUGCGAAUCCCCCGAGUUUUGCUCAUAUCCACAUUGCGGAAAGGUUAGGCGUGCCGCUGCAUUUGAUGUUCACUUUUCCGUACACCCCAACAACACAGUUUCCGCACCCGUUGGCCAACAUAAAGAGCACGAAUGUUGAUCACGCCUACGCAAAUUUCAUGAGCUACCCGCUGGUCGAACUCAUGACUUGGCAGGGAUUGGGAGACCUAAUCAACAGAUUUCGAGUGCAUACACUGGGAUUAGAGGAAGUGAGCACGCUUUGGGCGCCAGGCCAGCUCUAUCGAAUGGCUGUUCCGUUUACGUACAUGUGGUCUCCCGGGCUAGUACCGAAACCCCAAGAUUACGGGGACAACAUUGACAUAUGUGGCUUUGUGUUUCUCGAUCUUGGUUCGUCUUAUAAGCCGCCAGAGCCGCUGCAGAAAUUCUUGGACGCAGGCGAACCACCGGUGUACAUUGGUUUCGGCAGCAUAGUGGUCGACGAUCCGAAUGCAUUCACAGCUAUGAUUUUCGAAGCGGUGAAGUUGGCUGGCGUCAGAGCCUUGGUGUCGAAAGGUUGGGGUGGUUUGGGAAGUGGCGAGAUGGAAAUACCUGAGAACAUCUUCUUGCUUGAAGACACUCCCCACGACUGGCUUUUUCCGCGAGUACAGGCGGUCAUUCAUCAUGGUGGAGCUGGUACAACCGCUAUUGGUCUGAAGUGCGGUAAACCGUCCAUGAUCGUGCCGUUCUUUGGAGACCAGCCAUUUUGGGGAGCAAUGGUCGCAAAGAAACGUGCUGGCGCAUUCGAGUGUAUACCAUACAAGCGUCUCACGGCUGAGAAGCUCGCUGAAGGCAUCAAGCAGUGCCUUACUGAUGAAGCCCGGCAGAAUGCGCUCAAGAUUGCGGAGAGCAUUGCUGCAGAAGGAGACGGGGCUCUCAAUGCAGUCAAAAGCUUCCACAAACAUCUGAAUCUCAGUGGGAGUCGUUCUAUCCGAUGCUCAAUACUUGAAAAUAGAGUUGCCGUCUGGAAAAUUAAGAACUUAGACCUUAAGCUGUCCGCAUUGGCGGCAGAAAUACUUGCUGAACAGAAGAAGAUUCGUUGGCAGGACUUGCGGCUUGUCCGUCACAACGAGUGGAACGAUUUUGAGGGUCCUGGUGGGCCGAUCACUGGCGUUCUUGGUCCCAUUCUCACCACUGUCUUGGAUAUUGGGAAAGAAACGGCAUCAAUACCACUUAAUGCAGGACAGUCGAUCAAAAGUCGCAAGAAGCGCAAAGCAAAGAAGAGAAGGCUAGAGAGACGUAAGAGGAAAUCGGAAGACGUCAACGACAAUACCAUUCCUUCUUACCAAAGCGCAAAGGGCAAGCCGUCCCGCCCUCCAGAGGGACAAACUAGCCUCCAAAGACAGCUUACAAGCAUGUCCGCGUUGUCUACGGAUCCCUCGGAACCGUUGGUUGAAGAAGUAAUGAAACAGAUUGGCCAUGGACUCAAGGAAGCUGGAAAGGCGUUUUUAAACCUGCCAAUGAAUAUUAUUGUCGGAGUUGCACAGGGAUUUCACAACGCGCCGCGACUCUACGGAGAUGAGACGGUACGAAAACCACGACGCAUAUCGGGCUAUCGGAGUGGCCUAAGGGCUGGUAGAGACGAGCUUUUCUAUGGAAUAUGGGACGGGUGGACAGGUGUAGUUACCCAACCGUAUCAUGGAGCAAAGGAACACGGGGUCGUAGGUGCUCUUGAAGGCACAGCUAUAGGUAUUGGGGGUUUGUUUCUUAAAAAUAUCGCUGCUCUUUUUGGGCCUAUUGCAUACACGGCGAAAGGGAUCGAAAAGGAGAUCCUCAAGUCUAGACAGCCUACCAAAUUCAUAAGGAAGGCACGCAUGAUCCAGGGAAGCAAGGAACUCCGGGCUCUCGAAGCAACGGCCAGCUCGUCGCGUGAAGUAUUCAAUGAGACACAGCCGGGGACCUUCCAUCCCGUUGAUGGCGAAACACUCGAAUCUGUCCGAAACACAGUCGAAGAGGGGUGGUCGGUAAUAAUGGAACUGCUUGACGCCAUGGAGGAGAAGAGGAAUAAGAAGAAGAAGAAUAGUAGCGACGGACCUUUAAAGCUGAAGAGCAAACUUGGUUUCUCUGCUGCGGAGAAGAGGUGGCAUGAAUCUGGGGCUCUAGAGAGCAUCCAUACUGCCAAAAUUGCUCUCGAGGCCAAGAAGGCUGGAAAGGACAUUGGCGAGUCUCUUGACGAGCGGAGACGAAACAAGCAGAGUGCCGUUGAUGUCGUUGCUCGCUGAGCAUCGAAUUGUGACUUUGCUUUUAUGUUCGCUCAUACAUUUUUGCGGCGAGGCGUUGUACAUGUUUGCAGAUGAUACCCAUACUUGCACGGAUGGUAGUCUCUUCAUCUUUUGCGUUCUCAUUCCGUCUACUCGACCAAAUUCUUGUUCGACGUUUUUUUUCCGGCAUGGGCGAAGAUUGUGGCCAAUUGCUCACGUAUUAGCUCUGAGGAUGAAGCCACGGCGUCAGUAAUCAAAAAUAUAUAUAUGAAUUUACCUGGUUA